AAUGACAGUGGGAGAAUUUUCAUUUAAAAUAAUGGAAUAUUUCGGUGUAUGGAGACCAAUUUCCUGGCAAUCAAUUUGGGCGAUUCGUUUAUAUAAUCUUUAUAAUUUUUUUAUGUUGGCAUUUCUAUAUUUUUUUACAUUGACAUUUUUCAUUAGUCUCUUUGAAAAUAAACAUAAUAAAGAAGUUUUUAUGGAAAAUUCCUUUUAUUUUUCAACUUUGCUAGUGUUGUGUUUUAAAAUAACAUACGUUCGCUUUAAACGAGAAGAAAUCAUUGCCCUUACAAAUAUGUUUCUACAAGGAAAAUGCAUUCCACGUAAUCAAGAUGAAUUUAUAAUUCAACAAAAUAUUCUAGCCGAAGAAAGAUCGAAUACACGUUCAUUCAUGACAUUUUGUCUAAUUACUUGUACUGUUUAUACAGUCUUGCCAUUAACAAAGAGAAGGAACAUUUCAUUGCCAUUCAAGUCCUGGAGUCCUUAUAAAAUUGAUUCAACAUUUACAUUUUGGAUGACGUAUUUUUUUCAAUUUGUCAGUGCAUGUAUUUUUGGUGUUUUGUUUGCUGCUAUUGAAAUAUUGGCACCAAUUAUUAUGGAACAAAUUUGCACUCAACUCGAAUUCAUCAUUUGUCGUUUAUAUCAACUUCCUAAAUUGAAAGAUACAUUUAAUUUAAAUCAUGAUAUUUCUCGAAAGGAAAGUGCGAUUGUUAAUAAUUGCGUAGAACAUCAUAUUUUUAUAUUUUCGAUAGAAAAAGAAAUGAACAAGCUUUUCGGUUUUAUGGUUGCAGUACAAUUUUUUGUCUCAACAGCAAAUUUGUGCACCGGAUGUUUUAAUUUGACAACAAUGAAACCCACUAGUACACAAUUUUGGUCGGUUAUCUUCACGAUAAAUUCAUAUCUUGUACAAAUAUUUUUGUAUUGUCUAUAUGGGGAAAAAGUAAUACAAAAAAGUGUAUCUGUCACAGAUAGAAUCUACUCAAUGGACUGGAAUUCAUUGAGUAAGAAUUGUAAACAACAACUGAUAAUAAUAAUGAUGCGAUCCAGAAAACCGAUAAAUCUUACUGGAGCUUCCUUAAUUACUAUGUCAGUAGAAACUUUAUUAAAGAUUUUAAAAACAUCUUACUCCGUGUUUAAUUUAAUUAGAAAUACAAAUUAAAAGGCUAUUAAUAAAUGUAGAAAUAAAAAAUAAUGAUUGCAUAUAUUAUUAAAAAAUUGUUAUAUUUGUUAUGUAUUAUAGAAAAAAAAAGUUGAAAUAGAUGGGAAAUUUAUAUUCAUAAAACAGAUUCUUAAAUUCUUAAGGCCCUUGCACAUCUCCGGCUGUCUGCAAAGGCAGCCAGUAAGAACCAAUCAGAGAGUCUUUUUUUUCUUUUGUUUAAAUGGCCUCUUGUAU